UCAGAAUUUGAAUUUUUUUUUUUUCUUUGUUGUUUUUAACGGUCGUAUCGCGACGAAACCUCGUAAAUUACCGCAGUUAAUUAUUUUUUUUUAAUUGAUAAAUAACGAUAAUUAAGUAAAAAAAAAAAAAAUAGACAAAACGCGCGAAUACCUUAUUUAUUGACACAAAUAUAUAAACCAGAGGAAAAUGUCCUCCGCCUCCUCUCCAGCGCCGCAGACCGAUACGCUUUUGACUCCCGGCACUGCCUUGGGUUUCUCCCCGGGCGGGCACCGUCCUUUCGAGCCCGAAGAACACGGACUAGACAGCGGCUUCAGACUCACGUCCUUCUCCGACCUCAAGGGAUGAGGGUGUAAGGUCCCGCAGGAGGCUCUGCUCAAACUCCUGCGGGUACUGGAGCCGGAAUCCGCGGCCGCCGAGCUGCACGGAGCGGCGGGGCAGCAGCCCGGCCAAGACGGGCACUAUCAGCAGCAACAACAACAUCAACAACCCUCCAACAAGCUCGGGAUUGGGAUGGAUUCAUGUGUGACCCCCUUGCGGCACGGCAGCCUGUCUCUGGUUCAGACCACCGACUUCUUCUACCCCCUAGUGGAGGACCCCUACAUGAUGGGGCGCAUCGCCUGUGCCAACGUGCUGAGUGACCUGUACGCCAUGGGGAUCACAGAGUGCGACAACAUGCUGAUGCUGCUGAGUGUUAGCCAGAGAAUGAGCGACAAGGAGCGCGAGAAGGUGAUGCCGCUGAUGAUGCGUGGUUUCCGGGACGCCGCAGAGGAGGGGGGCACCUCGGUGACGGGGGGGCAGACUGUCCUGAACCCCUGGAUCAUCAUCGGGGGGGUCGCCACUGUGGUGUGCCAGCCCAGCGAGUUCAUCAUGCCGGACAAUGCAGUUCCUGGUGAUGUGCUGGUCCUCACAAAGCCUCUUGGUACUCAGGUUGCUGUCAAUGCUCACCAGUGGAUAGACAUUCCAGAGAAGUGGAACAAGAUCAAGCUGGUGGUUUCAAAGGAAGAUGUGGAGCUGGCUUACCAAGAGGCGAUGUACAACAUGGCGAUGCUUAACAGGACAGCGGCUGGUCUGAUGCACACCUUCAAUGCCCACGCUGCCACUGACAUCACGGGGUUUGGAAUCCUGGGCCACGCCCAGAACCUGGCGCAGCAGCAGCGCUGCGACGUGGCCUUCGUCAUCCACAACCUGCCCAUCAUCGCCAAGAUGGCUGCCAUCAGCAAGGCCUGCGGGAGCAUGUUUGGAUUAGUGCAGGGGAGCUCUGCCGAGACAUCGGGAGGCCUGCUGGUCUGCCUGCCCCGGGAGCAGGCGGCUCGGUUCUGUGCUGAGAUCAAGUCCCCGAAGUACGGAGAGGGUCACCAGGCCUGGAUCAUCGGCAUCGUGGAGAAGGGGAACCGCAGCGCCCGCAUCAUCGACAAGCCCCGAAUCAUCGAGGUGACCCCCCGGGGGGCAGGGGCAGGGGGGCAGGAGGGCACCACCACCACCACCCCCAGCCCUGAGGCACUGGCAUAGAGACACACACACCGAGACAGACAGACAGCAACACCAGCCCCAGCCCUGACAUAGACACAGCAUGGACACACACACACACCGGCUGAUGCACAACCCAGCAUAGAAACACACAGACAGACACAGCCCCAGACUCCAGCCUUGCAGUAAUACAGACUGCCCUCUUCUGGUAUCUCGCUCACUCGUUCGUUCUUUCUUUUCUUUCAAUGAUGUGUAUAAUCUCUUGGUCAGGUUUUCCGCCCCUCAUUUUUCCACCCUGUUCAGCCUUCAGGGUUGAGAGCAACAGACCAAAAAUUCUUCCUUUUUCUCGGUGGGAGGGAAGAUGAGGGGGGGGGACCGACACUUUUAACUGAAACGCAGGAUUUCAACAGAAUCACCGGCUAUCAAACGUAAUCAAUUCAAUGGCUGAACGUUUCCACCAGCAGUCUUUUUCAUUGUCGAAAAAGUUUGCCGUUGAAUUUAUGAAGUUUCUUUUAGUGUUUCUAUUGAAGACGCUGAGAGAGACUUCUAGUGGAAACGCUUGCUGUUGAAUUUAUGAAGUUUCUUUUAGUGUUUCUAUUGAAGACGCUGAGAGAGACUUCUAGUGGAAACGCUUGCUGUUGAAUUUAUGAAGUUUCUUCCAGCGUUUCUUUUGAAGACACAGAGAAAGAGAGUGGUGAGGGUAUGGAAUGGGUUACCAUGGGUUACCUAGUCAUGUUGUUGAGGCUGAAUCACUGGGAUCCGACUUGACAAAGUUCUGAGAUCAACCAGCUGCUUGGAACCGAUUAGAUUGAAUUUAGUGAAAGUAGUUUGAGAUUGAGGUGUUUGUGUGUAAAAUAUAUUGGCAGUGUCUUAACAUGUACCCUACACAAAGGGCAUUCCCCUCAAUGUGCCCCCUUCCUACCUACCUACCCUUUACAAGAAGGGCGCCUCUCUGAUCCCCAGGAGUGUGUUCUGUCUUGAAGUGGCUUGCCAUACCUUUUUCAUAACUUGUACAAUUUACAUAUUUGCAGUAAUCGCCUGCGUUGAUUGUGUGUGAAGUUUGGAGCGAUUUAUUCAGCUAAUUUCUCAUUGUAUGUUGAUUGAGAGGGAAGGGGAGAAGGGUUGAAGGCGUUGACAGCCUGACGUUGCCUUGACUUGAUGCCUUUAAGCUUGCGAACGCGGGUGAAAUUUGUAACAGAGCAUCUCAAAUUGUAUUGUAAUAAUAAUAAUUGGGUAAUACAAACUUUUUAAUUAAAGGCUGCAACUUUUUGUCAGGGUUUAUUUUUAACCAGCGUCCAAAAUAUACAAAGGCGUUCUUCAUUGAAGCGAAGGUUUCAGACUCUUUGUCAUCGACGCUCCGAGUGUGAACUGGAAGUCCUGGCCUCCAUGGCACUGCUAAAUGGGAGUGAUUCAUUUGGAUACUUUGGGCACUGGUCAAUAAUAAUAUCCAUUCCUAUUAUCUGCAGUACAGAUUAAUGUAGACUAAUAUAAUGGCAUCUCAUGGGCUUCACAGUUUAAUAAUAAGUGGAGGCAAAAUUCUGGUUUGUGUGUGAUUUAUAUAAUAUACUUUUGCUGAAUUAUCAAUUUGCUUAAAGGUGAAGGUGAUGAAAGAUUGUAGAUUUUUCCUAAAUUUGAGUAUUAUUUUUUAUUUUAUGCAUUUAUUUGUUUGUUUUGUUUUAAUAAGUAUAAUGUGCUUGGGAAACAAAAUGUGUAAUUUAAUUUAAAAAAAAAUCUCUGGUUUCGUCAACUUAAAAAAAAUAUAUAUAUAUACACCUUUUCCUGGUUUUUGGAACAAGAAUUGAGCAGCUUGUUCCAAAACCAUAAGGAAUCCGUCAGUGUGAAACCGAGGCUUCUGACUGGCUGAUCCACCUGUCGCGCGUUUUCACCCCUGCCAAUGACGCUCCUCCCUCAAAACCCUGACGGGGUGGGCGGGGCUGAAACGAACCCAGGGGGCGGGGGCUGGCUGAGCUGAGCCAAUCAGAGGCCUCCCAUUGCUUGUAACUACCAAAAAUCAUGUUGUGAAUAAUAAAAACAAAAAAAGUAAUUUCUUUAAAUAAA